AUGUCUUCAGUGCUUCCAGAUUUCCCUAAGGAACUCGCAGACAGAAUAAAUCUGGUUAUUGCAAAGUGCCCAGAAAGCGAGAGCGUGUUUAUAGAUGUAUGCGGGUUCUUGAAGGGCAAGCCAGAGAGCAGGAAACGCAAGAUCGAGGUGGUGAACCUCGACAGCAGAAUCGACAAGAUUGAUGCCUCAGGGAUCGUGGUGGAGCUCAAGGAUAUCUCCUUCCAGUCACCGCUCCGCAAGAAAAUGUCGUUGGUGUUUGCGGUGCAUCCCGCAAGCCAGGAGCCGUACUUGGCAGUUUGCAAGCCUGGGGAAGCACCGGAGCUCGUUCUCAACGACUUGAGCCGCGAUAACAUCGAGUUUGCCUGUUUGUUGCCGACCUCCCGCGACAAGCCGCACCUCCAGACCUUGCUCUUGUUCUACAAGCACAACCAAGAUGCCAAAUUCAACUCUGAACCCUUGAUCUUGACCGUCAACGAAGAUAUUUUGAAGAAUCAGUUGGCGGAGAAGCUCGCAGUGCUUAGCCUCAACGCGUUUCUUGAAAAACAAGCACAGAUGUUUGGAUUCAACCUUACAUCCCCGUUCCAGGAAAAAGCCAGCAAGGCGUUCUUUGUGGACGCGUACAAUGGCUCCAAAGAGGGCACCCUCUACUUCUUACCCCAACACAUCCUCUUUGGGUAUAAGAAACCAGUCUUGUUGUUCCAAUCUCACCAGAUCGAGGCCAUCACCUACACGUCCAUCACUCGGUUGACCUUCAAUUUGAACGUCGUGAUGACGAAGGGAGAGAAGUUUGAGUUCUCCAUGAUCGACCAAGACGAGUUCAACAAGAUCGACGACUACAUCAGACACCGUAAGGUUGCUGAUCAGAGCAUGAGCACCACAAUGAAAGGCAAGUCCACACUGAAGAACGAAGUCAGUGAAUUGGUCACCUUAGUUGCAGAGGCCCCAGAAGGCGAUGACGACGAUGACGACGAGUCUUUCCACUCGGAGAUGGGCAGCGAUUCCGGCAGCGAGGGCAGUGACAGUGAUAUAGACAGCGACGAAGAGCCGAAGCAGGUGUUCAGCAAGAACGUGGAAGAGGAGGAUCUCAGCGAGGACAUUGGGUCCGAAGACAGCGGGGAAUCGGACAUGGAAGAGGUUGAGAUGUAG